GACGAUGAGCCCUGAUCAUAGCCCCUUUAGGCUCUUCGAAAUAUACUGUUGAAAAGUACCUAUGUUACACCGAAGCGAUGACCAGAUGAUCUGCGACCCCUGAAUGAAUGACGCCACGACAAAAUCUCACAUUCCGAGGUGUCAGAUAACAAAUAUUCGCCCAGUCAACUGAAACAGAAGGUUGAAGGCGACUCACUGGAUUGCACAGCACAAGACUUCGCCGAACGGAACCAUUGACAGCACAAUGAGUGCUAUUAUAUUGUCCCCAAGCCUUGAGGAAAGGGUGAUCUCGAAGUUUGAUGAGUUGGUAACAAAAGGCGAAAUCAUCUACGAGCCUUCUACCACAGAUACGAAAGAAGAUGAGGGCUUCAAGUUUGAUUUCCGUCUAGUACCUCAUCUACUACGCAAGCCCAUCACUGCCCACGAUGCGCCUGAGCGGAAGACCGGCAGAGGAAACAAUCCUUUCCUAAAUCCCGAUCCCGAUUUUGUACUAUCAGAGGUUGGUCCUUCUCACUUACUCCUACUGAAUAAGUAUUGUGUGUAUCGACCCAGUCUGCUCCUCAUAACACGCCGUUUUGCUCGACAGUCUGACAGCCUCGAUGCUAGCGACUUGUCCGCCGCCUGGUCAUUGUUGAUGCACUUUGAGAAGAGGCACAUGAUGAUCUUCAACUGUGGCUAUGAGGCAGGGUCUAGUCAAGGCCACAAGCACAUGCAACUGUGGCAUUAUCCUGAUGAACGUGAAAUGGGGUUCCCUCUGUUUCCCAGCAAAGCUACCUCUACGAUAGAGGUCACAAGUGACAUUGGAAAUGUCCCACAUCAGCACUUUGUUCUACGACUUCCGUCGAAAGUCGACGAAGCAGUCCUCGUGGAGGCUUAUGGAAAGUUGCACAAGGCGGUUGAGGACUGUCACGCCAAGCAUGGCGGCGGACCGGCUUACAAUGUCAUCCUUGUGAGAGAGUGGAUGUGCCUAAUACCCAGACGGCGUUGCGGGCUCGAGAAAGGUGCAGGUGCAAAUGCUGCUGCCAUCAUCGGCAUGGUGUGGGUUAUCAGUGAGGCGGAAAAGGAGAUAUGGAAUGCCGAGUAUUUCAGGUAUUUGGGCUAUCCUAGAGAUAGAUGA